GUUUUGUUUUGAUAGUUAUGUACUUGUCAUUUAUAUACACCUAUUUAGUCUCUGUUACCAUUUAAAACAAUCGUAUGCUAACAUGUAAUGGAGACGCUAUUGCUCACUGAUAGUUUUGGUUGUGCGUUAAACUACGUACAACAUUUUUAAAGUCCAGUUUGUUUCGAAUAUAAUAAUAUUGUGCUUUUAUUGUGUACUUGAUGUCCGGCGUAUGAAAUUAAGGUCAGGUCAGAUUUUCAGGUUUGUUUACCUGAAUCAAGGACGCAUUUUGGAUUCACUGCUCUGAGGUUCAAAGACAGGUUUGCUGCUUUUAGUUAGUCUCCCAGCUUGUUAAGGCUAGCUGGAUUUGAAGGGGUUUUAGGGACGUUGAAGACCAGCUUGACUUUAAAAGUACAGUGCUUGUUAAGCAAUGCCCUAUGGGUUUGCUGCUCUCCAGAACCAUGGCAUGGAUCUCUAAUGGCAAAACACAUAUAGAACUCAUCACUCACUUAAGAGAUCAUGAAGUUAUUCGCAGUGACAGAGUGUUUAAUGCCAUGCUUGCCACUGAUCGAGGGAUUUAUUCCAGAGACCACCCUUAUGCUGAUUCUCCCCAGUCCAUAGGAUACAAGGCUACAAUUAGUGCCCCUCAUAUGCAUGCACAUGCUCUGGAGGUCCUCAGUGACAAGUUAACAGAAGGAGCUUCAGCCUUGGAUGUGGGUUCAGGAAGUGGAUAUCUCACUGCAUGCUUUGCCAGAUUGGUAAGACCCUCUGGAAAAGUAGUGGGAAUUGACCACAUAGAUGAGCUGGUGCAAGCCUCUGUGAGAAAUGUCCAGGCGGAUGAUCCAGAAUUGCUUUCCUCUGGACUUAUUAAAUUAGUGGUGGGGGAUGGACGGUUGGGUUAUCCUGAUGAAGCCCCCUAUGAUGCUAUUCAUGUUGGAGCAGCUUCUCCUACACUCCCUAAAGCUCUCCUGGAACAGUUGAAACCAGGUGGGAGACUUAUUAUGCCUGUGGGCCCAGAGGGUGGAAACCAAGUUCUGGAGCAGUAUGACCGUCAAAGCGAUAGUACUUUCCUCAGGAAAGCACUGAUGGGUGUGAUUUACGUCCCACUGACAGACAAGCACCACCAGUGGCCAAGUGACGGGCUGUGAUUGCAGUAUGGAUGCCCCUGCAGGAGAUGGCGCUGGUGCUGCGGUUCAGAAAGCCCUUAGGGCUGAGGGACUGCUCUCAUCCCAUCUCCAUCUGCUGCCUAGCAACAUAAUCUUCUAGAUCAUUCUGAUUCUUGACUUAAAACUGAAGUUCAAAUGCAGUAACUGCUAGAGGACUGAGGUGUCUCUUCACUUAAACUGUGUAAGCAAGAACUUCCAUAUCUAAGGCUUGUAAACUCUGAAUGCUUCAUAAGAGGGUGUGCUAUGCUUUAACAUACUAUACAGCAAGAAGCAAUCACAAUAGAGUACAGUUAUAUGUGGAAAUGUAACUGCUACCAUGCUACUUUUGAUGAAUUAUUUUGAUGUGACAUUACAAAGCUAUAUGCCAAGACUUAAAUAAAUUGGAAACAAAAAUACUUUUAGCUGUUGAAAUUAAAAAACAAGGUAUAUUAAAAUAAAAACUUAUUCUCUUUC